AUGGAGAAGAAAAAACUGCGGCGCCAAAGAAAAGAAAACCAAAGGAAGGAAAAAAAAAAGGCGGCUGUUGGGGGAAGGAAAAGAAAUACAGGCGCAGGAAGGAGGGAUUGGGAGUGGGGACCAGCUCUCGGUACUCCGUACGAAGGUGGCUCUUUCAAGAUCGACAUCACUUUGCCUGACGGUUACCCUUUUGAGCCUCCCAAGAUGCAUUUUGCCACUAAAGUAUGGCAUCCUAACAUAAGCAGUCAAAGUGGAGCAAUAUGCCUGGAUAUCCUGAAAGACCAGUGGAGCCCAGCACUUACUCUGAAGACGGCUCUCCUUUCUGUACAAGCAUUACUCUCUGCUCCAGAACCUGAUGACCCCCAAGAUGCUGUUGUAGCACAACAGUAUCUUAGAGACUACCCAACAUUUACGGGCACAGCUCGUUAUUGGACCGAAGCAUUUGCCAGGACCUCGUCUCUUGGUGUUGAGGAGAAGGUACAAAAACUCAUGGAGAUGGGCUUUCCUGAAGCUUUAGUUAGGAGUACCCUAGCGAGUGUUGACGACGAUGAAAACAUGGCUCUUGAAAAGCUUUGCACUGGCUAG